AUGCCUCUUUACCAGUUGGUCCAACCUGGGGCCAACCUUGUACUCUGGCUUGGACCCCCGCCUGCCGCUCAACCACCCUUGAAAGAGUACCUAGUUAGGCCAUUAUCGGAGAUCGUGGAAGACAAUAGUCCCAAUCUUGGUCUCCUCGAACUCAUUCAGGAGCAAAGGAGGAACAAGCGAGCUGCCACCACACCCCGACUUUGCGCCAAUCGAGUUUUUG